GCUCGUAAUCAGUUUGAAAACGACUUUCAUUCGUAACAGACAUGUGAACGGCAGAUGCUCGAAUAUUCCACAUUUCAUACGAAGUACAUAGUUGAUAGGUAACAUAUACAAUAUAAACAACAACAAAAGCGAUAAAAAGCAAAUGAAAGAGUUCAUUAAAUAUUUGAAGAAAUCGGUGGUGAAAAUCGCUUCAAUCGCAAAAGCAAAAGAAAUAAAUAAAAACGAUUUAAGCAACGAAGGGGACAGUGUGUGGUAGCAAGAGCAUACAUAUACUCGUAUAUAGAUAUUCAUACAUAUAUGUGAAUAAAGCAUAGUGACAAGUGUGCGCCGGUAUCCGCAGCAUCAAUGAAUGCCUGAAAACCAAGUGGGCAAAUAGUAAGAGCCAAAACAAAUACACAUAAGCGCACAGAAAUAAAAGUAGUUAGUGAAGCUAAAUUGAAAAUAAUAUAGUGACAAGCAAAAGAAAAAGCAAAGGUAAAGCUUGCAGGUGAAUAGUGGAAUUGUCUUUGUUUUUGUUAUAUACGUAUGUACAUGUACAUAUGUGAAUUCAAUAAUUUAGUAAUAUGCAAUUGUGUGAGAGUAUUGGAAAGUUUUUCUCAUAAAUUGUGGUGCAUGAAAACCGCGUGAAAAUUUGGAUUAAACUAAGAAAUAUUUAAGUGAAACCUUAAACUGGCCUGAGAAUACUUUAAAAAAAAAAACAAUUCAUUAAAUUGAACAAAAACAUCCGAGUGAAGAAAGUGUUCUUAUUGACACUUUAGUUGCUUACUAAAAUUGCAUUAACUUGUUAACUUUAAAUAUUACAUCAAAUCACACUUCAGUGAGGGCUUAUCGAAAAAUGCAUUCAAGUAAGCUGGAGCCAACAACUAUGUUGACAUCUGUGCCAGCUGGUGGAACCAGCACAAAACUGGAGCAGCACUCCAAGCCCAUACUGAGUCCAACACGAUCCCUCGACGAAGGUUUCGAAAGUGAUCCGGAUCGGGUGUCAACUGAUUCAGAGCAUCAAAUAAGUGGAACGGCUUGCAGUAGUAGCAACAUCAACAGAGGCGGUAUUGUCGCUAAACAAAGUGGCGGCUCAACACUUGCCCAACUAUCGUCAGCAGCCACGGGUGGUGUAACAGCAAUAAGAACAACAACAACAUUAUUAUCACCAACAAUGACAACAACAGAAAGUGCUUCUGCUUCUUCUAGCGUGUCGGCAAAACCAGAUUUGCAUAAACAACGUUUGCUAACAAUGGUCGCUCCACCGCCUCAAAUUACAAGACGUCAGCCGGCGUUAAGUGCGACACCUGCCGCAAUCCCUGCGAAUAUCGCUAGCUGUCACCACUUUGCUGACGCAGCUAUCAAACAAACAUCGGAUACAUUGAUGGAGACAUUUCACAAAGAACAAAAUGCGAAUCAUAACAGACGUGGCUCAACGGAAUCCACACAAAAUAAUCAACUGGUCGCCACAGGAAAUCAACCCGCCAGUUAUGAUGCUUUAAACGACAACGACGACAACAGUUAUAAUAGUAACAGUCACAGCAACAAUGUGAAGCAUAAUUCAGGUACACAAUACCGCACUGGCUCCAACUUGGCCGCGCUCACAGCCAAUGUGGCACGUGCCAGUAAUGCUGCUCUAACAACAACGACGAGCAGCGGGGGCGCCUCUCCGCUACCUUCGCAACGUCUACAGUAUCAAAAACAGCGACAGCCAAUGGUUGCCUCUGCAGCCGGUCAUCAGACAGUACAUAAUCAUCGAUUUACUGCCGGUGGCAGUGGCAUUGGCGGCGGGGCAAAUAGUGGAUUUCGACGCGCACGCACAAGGGCCAUGUCACCCGCUGUGAUCAAGGGGUUACCAAGUAGCACCCAUGGCAGCAGCAAUAAUACUGGUGGCAACGUUGGUGGCAUGAAAGUUCAUGCCUCCCGCACACUUUUGCUGCCACGCAACACCAAUAUGCGUUCACAUUCCGUUGAUGCCAUUUCACGUUAUCGCAAUGGCUAUGAUCCGGCCAAUGCACUUAUACUUAAACAUGAAGGUAACGGUAUUACAAGCACCGGUGGUCAUACCCUUCACCACACCAACGGUGCUGGCUCGGUGAGUAUGGCUAGCAAUGCUGCGAACAAUACGCGCAUGAUGAACUACAAAUACCCGAGUGGUGGUGUUGGCACUGCUUCGGCGACCACUGGGCAAGCGCUGUUAGUGCAACCAAUUUCGAGUGCGACACUUUCGACGAGCGCAGCAGCCGUAUCCCUGCCAGCCGCUACGACAGUACUUAAUCCAACAAACGCUGGUGAUGCCGCUGCCGCAUUGGUAGCAGCAGCUGGUGGAUCACCAGUUAUCGCUUCGGCCACCAACAGUCUGUACACCUUUUAUCCAGCCGAAGGCAAUUUGCAAGUAUGGCAGUCGGAGUGCGGUGACCUCACAUACAAGUCGUCGCGCAUUCAGCAUACGCACAAGGCGCCGGUUUGUUGGACACAAUCGAUACCAAGGCAAACAAGACGCUACAUUAAUCCAGCAAACACACCCAACACAAAUGGCACCACUAGUCUAAUCUACCCUUCUGCCAACGGACAGAUGUAUCGUGUGCAUCCGGCGACAACCGUGACAAAUGUAGCCACGACACAGGCGAACGGUACGAGCAUUUCGGGCAGCAGCCACACCAGUCACUCCAGCCACAAUAGCAACCACAGCAGCAGUAAUAAUGGUGGCCUAGACACUGUAGAUGGUCAUCACAGCGAAAGCGGCGGUGGAGCCACUAGAGAGCACAACUCAUCAAGUGGAUUUUCACAAAGAUUACGAGAGUUUGCUGCAUCGGCAGGACUGUUAACGUUGAAACCACGUCAACCACUAAAACCGGUUAUAAAGACACGCGGCUCACCGGGACCGGAGUUUCCGAAAAAAGUCACUUUCAGUGCUUUCGCCACCGUACAGGUGGUGUAGGAACGCAAGCGGUGGCUAUGUAUGUAGCUAGAAAAAGGGUGUGACCAAAAGACUUUAAACUCUGAUGAUGGCGAUUUGCUUUGUUACAUUAUUGUUGUUAUUUUGAAUUAAACAUAUGUAUAUAUGUGUGUAUUCUUUGUUUAUUAUAGUUAAAUAUACAUACAUACACACAUACAAAGAUAUUGUAAUUGAGAAAAAUCGUUAGUUAAAUUACCGUACGUAUUCACAAGCGCACGUAGUAUAUGUACGUGUAUGUAGUAUAUGUAAACCAUUUAGUAAACGCAUAUGUACGUGUACAUGCAUAGUAUA